AUGUAUCUUUCCUACGCACUAGCUGCUCUGGCAGCGACUGGACUGACCUCUGCUCAAGAGACCGUGCUAGGAGUCUAUAUUUUCUCUAGACAUGGUGAUCGUACCGCCAAAUCCACCCCACCCGCCAAUCUGACCGACCUGGGCUACUCGGAGGUCUUCACCAGCGGCACCUACUUCCGCAACCGCUACAUCUCUUCCGAUGCUAGCUCCCGCAUCCAUGGCAUGAACAGCGACCUUGUCAAGCAAUCCCAGAUUAUCGCCUCUGCCCCAGCGGACACCGUCCUACAGAACUCUGCCUUGGGUUUCCUUCAAGGUCUAUAUCCACCCGUCGGAAACACUCUUGGCAGCAACACCCUCCGCAAUGGCACCACCGUCCAAUCUCCCCUCAAUGGCUACCAGUUGAUCCCGCUGCAGACUGUCCAAACGGGCACCAACAGCGAGAACUCGGCCUGGCUGCAAGGCUCCACCAACUGCGCCAAUGCCCAGAUCAGCAGCAACAACUACUUCCAAUCCCCUGAGUUCAACGCCACGUCCAGUGCUUCCCAGCCCCUCUACGACUCCGUCCAACCCAUGGUCAACCGCACCUUCACUCCUUCCCAGACCAACUUCAAAAAUGGCUACGUGAUCUGGGAUCUCCUCAACGUUGCCUCGAUCCACAACGCCAGCGCCAACCUCGACGCCCUCACCCCCUCGGUCUUCAACCAACUCUUCCACCUCGCCAACACACACGAAUGGAACCUAGCCUACAACGCCACCGACCCCAUCCGCGCCAUCACCGGCGCCAUCCUCGCCGACCAAGUCGUCACCGCCCUCAACACCACCAUCACCAGCGCCGGCAAAUCCAAGCUCAACAUCCAGUUCGGCGCCUACGCCGGCAUGCUCUCCUUCUUCGGCCUGGCCAACCUCCCCGCCGCCAACCCAGACUUCACGGGCAUUCCAGACUACGCCUCCACCCUGACGUGGGAGCUCGUCACCAACGCCACCGUCUCCGGCACCACCUUCCCCAGCACCGACGACAUCAGCGUCCGCUUCCUCUUCCACAACGGCACCACCAGCAACACCUCCCAGCCAGUCGAGUACCCGCUCUUCGGCCAGUCGCGCUCGCCCCUGCCCUGGAACGACUUCGUCACCAGCAUGGCCAGCUUCAGCAUCAAGUCCCAGGCUGAUUGGUGCAAGGCCUGCGGCAACAGCACGGGCGUCUGCUCGAGCGAGAGCCUCGAUGGCAGCGGCGACGGCGGCUCGUCUGCUUCGGCCACCAGCAAGUCUGGCGGUGGUGGUGGUGGCGGCAUCAGUAAGGCGGUGGCGGGCGUCAUUGGCGCCAUGGUCACGCUGGCGGUGAUCCUGGGCGUGGAGUUGUUGAUCAUGUUGGUGGCUGGGUUGAGACUCGUGAGGAAGAAGAAGUUGCAGCGCCUGCAGAGCCCGGCUGGGUCGGCGGAUGGUAUUGGUCAUGUCAAGGCUUGA